UAUCUGCAGAAUUGAAAAUGAAAAUGGCGAUGGAAGAUUUGAAGAUGAAAGUGAAUGAAACUAUAGAUGAAUUCAAACAAUUAGUGUCUGAAUUUGAAGUCACCAUGAGCAUCAUGAUCAUGAUUGGAGUAGCCGUAGCCACGUUUAUUAUUGUAAUGUUCUUUGGUGUCUGGAAGUUAAGAUCUAAAGUGUUGCCAAGUCAGACUGGAGGCCCAAGAAAACCACGUUUUAGGAAAAGGGACAAAGUAUUGUUUUAUGGAAGAAAAAUGUUAAGAAAGGUUCAAAGUUUCACCAGAAAGUUAGGGCCACCCAACAGAGGAAAACUAAAGAAGAGACAGAUAGUGAUGAAGCUUGCCAAGAACUAUUCUGAAAUCCGACAGAAAACCUUGCGUACAUUUAAUUUGCAAAAGUGGUUACUUCAGAUGAGGAGAGAUUCCUCCCAGCCGCUGUUACGAGUGAAGGAACCGCCUCAGUCCUUCCUGGAGCUGGACACUUGUGAUAUUGAUGACAGUGAACAACGCCUUCCAUCAGAGGUGCUGUACAUGCUCAGAAGCACUAGAAUUUUUGGGCAUUUUGAGAAGCCUUUGUUUUUGAAUUUGGUAAAACACAUGGAGUCCAAGAUACUCAAGUGUGGGGAGUACCUGUUUAGAAUUGGAGAUCUAGAUGACAGCAUUUAUGUAGUGCAGGAAGGUCACAUUAAUGUCAGCAUUUGUGAACCAGAUGGCUCUAAUUACCUUGUGAAAGUAGUUCACGCAGGUGACAGUAUACAUAGUUUACUAAGUGUAUUGGACGUCCUCACAGGACAUCCAGCUCCAUAUAAAACAGUGUCAGCACAAGCUGUUGAAAAUUCCACAGUUCUUAAACUACCAGCCAUUGCUUUCCAGUCCAUGUUUGAAAGAUUUCCAGAAUCCCUUGUUCGGAUUGUUCAGAUUAUUAUGAUUAGACUUCAGAGAGUCACAUUUACAGCUCUGCACAACUAUCUCGGACUGUCAAGUGAACUCAUCAGCUCUAUGACCCAGAAGGAAAUGAGGUCAUUGUCAGGAAGAUUCCAAACCAGCCCCCACAAACAGCGUAGUGUCAGGGACAACAGCUUGCAUAGAGAAAUCAGUGCUGAACAGGAAGAGAGUACUCAGAAACUCACCGAGGGCAAGGAUAAAGUGGAUGGGGAGACUCACGAUGACACUGAUGGUGCCCAGACAGAUUUUGCAGCAGCUGCGCAGAGAGCCAGAAUAAACAGCUUGGAUCUGGAGUCUGGUAAAUUUGAAGAAUCAUCCAGGUCCAUAACUCACAUGCCAAGGUCGCGUCACAAGAAGAUGCCGGACACCGGGAUGUACAUGUAUGUUUCUCAGACGAGUGUCGACACGAGUGAGGAAGAGGCUUUGGAAUGUGCCAAGAAAGACUUAAUCAAACUGUUGAAUUUACAGGAUGAAUCGCUUCUUAAUGGAAAGCUGACUUUGAGAAAGUAUCGAGCAGGAACCACGAUUCUUAAUCAAGGCGACCAGGAUGCAAGUCUGUUGUUUGUGGUGGCAGGAACAUUGAAACUUCUUCAGCAUGUGGUGGGCAAAGAACAGAAAGAGGCUUUGCUGUUCAAUGCUUACCCUGGGGAGUUGGUGGGAGCCUUAGCUGUGCUGACAGGAGAACCUUCAUUCUUCUCCAUCAGAUGUAAAUAUGAGUGUAGAAUUGUCACAAUAUCCAAGGAAGACUUUUACAGUAUUAUGCAAGCUCAGCCCUCUGUGGUCCUCUCAGUUGCACACACAUCAGUGGUUAGGAUGACUCCAUUUGUGAGACAGAUAGAUUUUGCUCUGGACUGGAUUCUUACUGAAGCAGGGAAGGCUCUGUUCAGACAAGGUGACCAAUCAGAUCACAUUUACAUUGUCCUGACGGGUCGCCUGAGGUCAGUCAUCACAAAGGAGGAUGGAAAGAAGGAGUUGGUAGGAGAGUAUGGCCGGGGGGAACUGGUGGGGAUAGUGGAGGUGCUGACAGAAGCCAAGAGGACCACCACCAUCAUGGCCAUCAGAGACACCGAAUGUGCCAAAUUACCAGCAGAAUUGUUGAAUUUGAUCAAGCGUAAAUACCCUCAGAUUGUCACCCGACUCAUCCACCUACUGGGGGAGCGACUUCUAGGACAGUUACAGACCAAAUCUACGGAUUCAUUCCCUAUUGCAGACCCUGUUGUAAAAGACAAAACCUCAGUUGGUAACUUAGCAACAGUUGCCGUCUUGCCAAUCAGCAAAGAUGUCCAAGUCACAAGUUUUACACUGGAGUUACAGCAUGCUUUAACAGCCAUAGGUUCCAGUAUGAGACUUACCAGUGAUAUUGUGAAGGCAAACCUAGGAGCUGCUGCCCUGGACAGUGUCAAUGAGUUUCGGUUGUUAAAUUGGUUGGGACAGCAAGAGGACAUCCACAGAAUGACCUUGUAUCAGUGUGAUUACACCUUGACCAAAUGGACUAAAAAUUGUAUCCGUCAGGCGGACUGUAUCCUCAUUGUAGGGCUGUUUGACGGAGACCCAGUGGUCAGCGAGCUUGAGAAGCAGAUAGAAACUUUAGCAGUUAGGGCACAGAAGGAGUUGGUGCUGCUUCAUCGAGAAGAUGCAGAGACACCUAAAGGGACUGUUGAAUGGCUGAAUGCCAGAGGAUGGCUGUCAUCUCAUCACCAUAUUAAAUGUCCAAAACGGGUACUCACCAAAAGGACAGAGGCAAAAAUUAUUGAGUUGUAUCAGAGGCAUAUGGAAACAAAACCAGACAGAAUGUCAGACUUUUCACGAUUGGCUCGUUUUCUGACAGGAACUUCCAUUGGUGUAGUACUUGGAGGAGGUGGAGCAAGGGGGCUAUCACAUGUUGGCAUUAUAAGGGCUUUAGUGGAGGCACAGAUACCAGUAGACAUGAUUGGGGGAACCAGUAUGGGGGCAUUAAUAGGAGCCCUGUAUGCAGACAGUGUCAGCUUGUCUACUUUUGCACAGAGAGCGAGGGAGUGGUCCAUUGGGAUGACAUCAAUAUGGAAAAAGAUCUUGGAUAUAACAUACCCAGUGACUUCAAUGUUCACAGGGAAGGCCUUCAAUGACAGCAUAGAAGAAGUGUUUAAACACAGACAAGUGGAGGACCUGUGGAUUCCCUACUUCUGUAUCACCACGGAUAUUUCCAACUCCUCAAUGAAGGCGCACACUCAUGGCAGCCUGUGGCGAUAUGUUAGGGCUAGCAUGUCCUUGUCUGGUUACCUGCCCCCAUUGUGUGAUCCUGUGGAUGGGCACUUGCUGCUAGAUGGAGGAUACAUCAACAAUCUCCCUGCUGAUGUCAUGAAGGCAAAAGGGGCCAGGAAUAUAUUUGCCAUGGAUGUGGGAAGUAUAGAUGAGACAGAUUUGACAAAUUAUGGGGACCAUUUAUCUGGCUGGUGGCUGCUGUGGAAAAGAUGGAAUCCUUGGGCUGCAUCUGUCAAGGUGCCAGAUAUGGCUGAGAUACAGACCAGACUUGCUUAUGUGUCCUGUGUAAGACAGUUGGAAAUGGUCAAAAACAGCGACUUCUGUGAAUACAUCAGACCACCUAUUGAUAAGUACGGAACACUUCAGUUUGGAAGCUACGAUGAAAUCAAUGAAGUUGGAUACAAUCAUGGUAAAACCUUGCUGUCAGGGUGGAUCAAAGGGGGCCUGAUUGAUGAACUCUUCAAAGACAAGCAUUCUGCUCAUUCCUCCAAGUGUAGUGUCCACAAAGGUCAGACCUAUGUGCCGGCCAUGGCUAAGUUUACAGAUCUGGCAGAGCUGGUGUCACAGAUUGAUAAACCCAAGCAGGGAAAGAGGGCAACAUUCUUUGGAGAAAAUGACGAGGAUUAUGAAGAUGACUCUGAUGAGUCCCUGUCUGAUGAGGUACUGAUGGAGGAAGAUGAAGAGGAGGAAGAUGCUGAUUAUGAGGAAGAACCCAAACCAAUCUACCAACCUGAGAGAAAAUUUUCCAACCAGUCCUUUCAUCUUCCCAGUGCUACAAGAAAGAGGAAUUCUGUGGGGAAAUCAGUGAACUUCAAAUUCGAGAAGUAAAACUUAGGAUCUCCAAGGAAGAUUUGACUGUGAUAAAAAUUGUUCUGUGAUAAAAGCUGAAAUUCCAAGUAAUGGAAUGUACGAGCACUGGUACAUGUAUAGGAGAGACAUGUCACGUUUGUUUAUAAAAACACCAUACACAAAUGUCUCAAACCAAUCCCCCACACAAAAUCACAAGAGGACUUUGUUCCGUCACGGUGUCAACAUGUAUAUCUUUAUUGGUUGCUGUGCUUUGAGAUUUUGUGUCAUUCCCUCAGUGUGCCAUUGUUCAUCUAAGAGUUAACUGCCUUGAAUGCUCUUGUUCUAUAUUUGCUUUACAAUAUGUGAAUGUUCAGCUGUGAAUUUGUAUUUAGAUAUAAACAGUUUUAUAUAUUGAUGUAAACACACUUUUUUUUAGACUAGCAUUUAUGUUCAGAUGAUGUAUGUUUUGGCUGGAACAAUAUUUUGUUGUUAAGUAUUCAGGACUGAAAAGACAAGUGUGAUAUUUUGUUUUUGUUCAAGAUGUGUGUGUAACGUAAUGCCUUUGUUCAUACCAGGGUUUCAUAUGGCUCCCCCCUAAAAUAAUGGAUCAGAUUCCUUAACACAAGCAGUAACUUCAAAAUAUAAUAAAAAUCAUUUUUAUCAUUAUUUGUGUGUAUUCAUUCCUUUCUCAAUCACAAGUAGUAAUAUGAAAAUGAUUUUAACACUGCUAAUUAAAAUCACUAGUGUAUAAUUAUUUGAGCUUGAUAAGUUCAAUCCUUUUCCGAUUUGAAAUACUGCAAAAAAAAAAUAAUUGCAGAAUUAUUACAGUAAUCUUCGUAGCAUGUUAAAACAGCAUUUCCAUUAUCUUCAAAUCAUGCAUUUUAAAAAAAAAGGUUGCAUAUAAAUGACAGUGAUUACAUGAUGUAGGUUAGAAUUGCAAAAAGCAAUUCUACGUUUUGAUUUUAUCUAUCACUAUGCUUUCUACAUAGUUACAGUCACUGUUGACAAACCGUGGCAGCGACUAUAGGUAUUAUUUCAUAUAUACUUUAAUAGUGCAACCCUACAUUGUACCUAAUCCACUCGACAUGCUAUCAAUUUGUUUUUAAUUGGUUACAUAAUAAGAAAUAACCUCCAGCAGCGUACCUUAUGUGCUCAUUAAGGUCAGUGACUUUUAUGGGGAAAGAAAUCAAUUUGAAAAACCACCAUUGGCGAUCGCCAGAUGAAACCCUGUUAUACCCAUGGUUUGCCAAAUUCAUUUUUAAAGGACCAGGAUUAGGUUUUGCACCUUUCUGUGGAAAGACCUAUUGACAUUGUUCUAUUUCUUACUAUUUUCCUAAAGUCAAAGUUUUUAAAACCAUAAGACAUUAUAAAGCUCCAUAAUCUAUGAUAUUUAACUUGAAGCGUAAUCAAAUCUCACCCUGCAUACUUGAACUUUGACCUCUUAUAGAGUUAAGAAACAUUGCUCUAAAUAAAGAUACUCCUCCUCAACCAUAAAUGGUAAAAACCUUCACUAAGAGCUAUGGAUAAGUGAGUUGUGAAGAUGAAGUCUCACUUGUAAUGAUCUGAUUGUCUUUAAUGCACCCAAUAUUUUGCAAUUUUUACCUACUAGUACAAAUGUAUUUUGUUUUUACUUUUUAAAAAACCCAAAAUAACUUGAUAACAUAAAGACAUAGGCCCAACUGGGAUGAGAUUUGUUUAUCCUUGACCUUUGAAAAUAAGUCAAAGGUCAAGGUUAUCUAUAAAUAACAGAAUUUUGCAUUUUUUACUAACUUUAUUGUACAAGCUACCCAGAAGAUGAUGCACAAGCAUUGAUUUUCUAAAUCAUUUUGAUAUAUUUCAACUCUGACCACUUUUGAAACUACAGACACUGUUGUGAAAAAAACAUUGAUACUCCUAUAAGCUGUAAUUCAUAAAGAUUGUAAUCCUUUGCUAAUGAAUUUGCAUUAGGUAAGUACUUCAGUGACAUUUUAAUUGUAAGGAUCUGAGGACCUUGAUGGUAGUUAUUGCCCCAGAUAGUCUUUAGCUUCUUUAUUUAAGCUUAUACAGUAGCUUUUGCAUCAUAAAAGAUGGUAGAGACAUGGGACCACUUGCAUUAAACCUGUUACCUCUGACCUUGAAAAAUUGGUCAAGGUCAUCAAAAAUAUGAGAUUUUGCACAUUUUCAAGGCAUCAAAGGACCUUUCAAUUAUAAUUCAUAUUCUUUGACCCUAUAUAAAACUCUUAAGCACAUAUUUAACACCAGUUAUGUCCCUUAUGAUACAACAGUAUUAUAGACAGUUGGAGUUUUCAACCUGUCACUUUUGUCUUUGACCUUGAAUCUGAGGUCACAGUCGUAUUUAGUUUUUAUUGUUUUUCUAAUUUGUUGUACAAAUAACAUUUUAAGGUUGAUUUGGAGGACCAAGUAAUCUUUCCUUUGGAAGACACUACUUCACAUUCUUUUUGGAAAUUCUUUCUUGCAAUGUAAGACACAGAAAGACCUCCAGUUGCGUGUCCACAUGUAGGAUUACUAGUUAUACCUAUUUCUGUUCUGUUUUGAAGCAUUUUUUUUUUUAUUUUGACAUGUCUACUAGAUAUUAUUACCUCAAUGCUGUGGCAAUCAAAUUUAUUCAAAAUGUACUGUUUUAUGGCAAAAUUUAAAGUUAUUGAUCUGGUAAAUGUUACAUUUGGUGUUUAAAUGUACAUUAAAAUUAGGGGUCCACAUUUAUUUCUCAAAUAUUUUUGUGGAGUUAUAUUGAUUUCCAAUUCAUUGUUGAAAAAUAUGCAUUGCGCCAUUGGCAAAAAUUUUCUUUUGCUGGUAUCAAGUGUUUAUUUUUUGUGAAAUACUGGAUUCAUUAUGAUAGGCAUUAUAACUGAAUAAACUUCAUGGUUUGACUUGA